AUGUCAGCUGAAGAUUACCAAAAGUUACCUACAUUCAUGCAAGAAAUAAGUAGCCAGUGCAAAGACCACAAGAAGAAGUUUGAACUGUAUUGUUCUUUCCAUACCUGUCCAUGUUGUGUCCAGUGCAUCACUGAUAAACAUAAUAAAUGUCAAGACAUGAAACCAUUGUCAGAUAUCCUACAGAAAGUCAAAUCAUCUGCCUCAGUGCUACUUUUUGAAAAAGAUUUGACGAAUGUGAGGGAAAACUUAGAUACAGCCAUAAAGUAUCUGAAAACCAAAAUGAGUACCAUCAAUACUAAAAAAACAAAAGCUGUUGAGGAUAUUAGGAAUGUGAGAGAGUCUAUCAAUGAUUACUUAAACAAAUUAGAGCAAGACAUACUGAAUGAUUUAGAGUCAAAACAUUCAAAGCUACAAUCAAACAUGGCCACUAUCGUGCAACAAAUGGAACAGCAAGCCAGUCAAAUAGACCAAAUGCAGAACCAGUUCACCAAAAUGACGCAAUAUGCCACAGAGUUACAGAUGUAUAUUGGUCUAAGAGAAAUUGAGAAAACUACAACACAGGGAGCAAAAUAUUUAGAAGAUUUAGAAAAUGGAGACCACGUUAGUGAAAAAAAUCUAGAGGUCAACAUUUCAUCAGCUCUACAAUCAAUUUUACAAGAUAUCAAAUCAUUUGGAGAUAUUAAUAUUAAUACCACCUCUUCUACACUUCGACUAAAGACCAGCAGAAAAGAUCAAGCCCAGCACUUGGUUCCAAACGUUCCUGUUAUUGAACAAAUUAAGCCAUCCCUAUUGACAAGACUAACAAGUACAAUAGAUAUGAAGUUGAAUAUAUGGGCCUGUCUUAUCUUACCUGAUGGUGAAUCUAUAACACUUGAUCGCAAUAAAAAACAACUACUGCUGUUCAGUAAAGAUGGCAUCUUCAUCAGAAAAGUAAUUUCAUUCACAAAGCAUCCAUGGGGUGCUUGCUUUGUCAGAAAUUAUACAGUGGCUGUCACAUUAAGAUCAGCAAACCAGAUAGCUUUGGUAGAUGUAAAAAAGGAUAGAAUUAUUCAAACAAUCAAACUUUCGCAUGAUUGUUUUGGAGUGGCAAGUGAUGGUAAAACUUUGGUCAUCAGUAGUGGUGGCAGCCAGUGUACUACAGUGAAUCUGAAUGACAUGUCUCAUACAAUCUUAGAAGGAAUGGGACUUGGAUCUAUUGCAUUAUUCCAAAGAAAUAUAUAUGGUAUCAAUUACCAUGAAAACAAAGUAUGCUGUUAUAAAAUUACUGGAGAACCUUUGUGGACAUAUCAGAACCCAGACAUUGCCACACCACGAGGACUUUCAUUAGAUAAGAAUGGCUUUGUUUAUAUAGCUUCCAAUGGAAACAACAGUAUCAUGGUAGUAUCACCAGAUGGUAAAACCUGUAAGAAAAUACUAUCAGAGGCUGAUGGAAUCAAAGAUCCAUGGCAAAUAGAUAUUAACAGAGAAACAGGAAUGAUGAUAGUGUCGAGUAGAAUGAGUGAUAAUGACAGUGUUACAGACUAUGAAACAGCUUUUGUGUAUACAAUUUAA